GUAAAGUGGAUGCAGAGAAUGGGAGGGUAUUUGUUACAAAUUCUCAUUAUAUUCGCUUUGGGAGCGGCAUCACUAAAAUGCUGCACUCUAAAUGAUAUUCAUGCUAUUAUUCUUGCUCGAGGAGGAUCAAAGGGGAUUAAGAGUAAAAAUAUGUUGACUUUUAAUGGGACUACACUCCUUGGCCAAACGAUUAAGACACUUGCUGAAACAAACAAAUUUAGUGCCAUAUGGGUCUCAACAGACGACAAGAGGAUUGCACAAGAAGCUAUAAAAAAUGGUGCUUUAGUUUACAAACGAAUGUCAUGUUUCGCAGAGGAUCAUUCUUCUUCUCUAGAUGCCAUAAAAGAAUUUUUAUAUACACAUUUUUUUGUAAACAGAUUUGCUUUGUUUCAGUGUACAUCAAUUUUUCUUAAAAAAGAAUACAUUACCGAGGCAGUUAAAAAGUUUCAGAAUAGUCCGUGCGUCUUUGCAGUUAAAAGAACUCACAAAUUAAAAUGGAUAGAGCAAAAUUUAUCAAUAAAACCCUUGAAUUUUGACCCAAAAAGACGACCACGGCGACAAGACUGGAGAGGUGAACUCGAAGAAACCGGAAUGUUCUAUUUUUCAAAUAGACUAUUAGUCAGUAAAAAUCUACUUCAAAGCGAAAGGUGCUCUGUUGUGGAAAUUGAAUCAAUUGAUUCCAUUGAAAUAGAUUCACCGAAUGAUUACGAAAUGGCCAAGUGUAUAUUGAAUAUAAAAAAGCGAAUUAAUGAUAGACUAUAAGUAUAAAACC